UCCAACUCCUCCGCUCUCCACCGCCACCUCUCUCCCUCUCCCUCUCUCCCUCUAAUCUCUCUCUCUCUCUCUCUCUCUCUCUCUCUGUUCUGCAACGAUGGAGGCGGUGAAUGCAUGGGGCAACACUCCGUUGGAGACGGUGGAUCCAGAAAUCCACGACCUCAUCGAGAAGGAGAAGUGGCGGCAGAGCCGUGGGAUCGAGCUCAUCGCGUCGGAGAACUUCACCUCCUUCGCCGUCAUCGAAGCUCUAGGCAGCGCCCUCACCAACAAGUACUCAGAGGGCAUGCCUGGCAACCGCUACUACGGGGGGAACGAGUUCAUCGACCAGAUCGAGAACCUCUGCCGUCGCCGCGCCAUCGAGGCGUUCCACCUCGACCCUGCCUCGUGGGGCGUCAAUGUCCAGCCGUACUCCGGCAGCCCCGCCAAUUUCGCAGCCUACACCGCCCUCCUCAACCCCCACGACAGAAUCAUGGGCCUGGAUCUGCCUUCGGGCGGCCAUUUGACGCACGGCUAUUACACUUCCGGCGGGAAGAAGAUAUCGGCCACCUCGAUUUACUUUGAGAGCUUGCCCUACAAGGUGGAUCCGAGCACUGGUUAUAUUGAUUACGACAGGUUGGAGGAGAAGGCCAUGGAUUUCAGGCCCAAAUUGAUCAUAUGUGGGGGGAGCGCGUAUCCUCGGGACUGGGAUUACGCCAGGUUUCGAUCAAUAGCCGACAAGGUCGGGGCCUUGUUGCUCUGCGACAUGGCUCAUAUCAGUGGUCUAGUAGCUGCUCAGGAAGCUGCAGAUCCCUUUCAGUACUGCGACAUUGUCACGACCACUACCCACAAGAGUUUGAGGGGGCCUAGGGCUGGCAUGAUCUUCUACCGGAAGGGUCCUAAGCCACCCAAGAAAGGCCAGCCAGAAGACGCAGUUUAUGAUUUUGAAGACAAGGUCAAUUUUGCCGUUUUCCCUUCUCUCCAGGGUGGGCCACACAACCACCAGAUCGGGGCUUUGGCUGUUGCUCUGAAACAGGCCAUGACUCCCGGUUUCAAGGCAUAUGCCAAGCAAGUGAAGGCCAAUGCAGUUGCCCUCGGGAACUACUUGAUGGGCAAAGGCUACAAGCUUGUCACAGGAGGGACCGAGAACCAUCUUGUUCUUUGGGAUCUUCGCCCUCUAGGAUUGACUGGCAACAAGGUCGAGAAGCUGUGCGACUUAUGCAACAUAACCGUGAACAAGAAUGCUGUGUUUGGUGACAGCAGUGCAUUGGCCCCUGGAGGUGUUCGAAUUGGUGCUCCUGCCAUGACAUCGAGAGGGUUGGUCGAGAAGGACUUCGAGCAGAUUGCAGAGUUCCUCCAUCGGGCUGUGACCAUCACUCUGACCAUCCAGAAGGAGUACGGGAAGCUGUUGAAGGACUUCAACAAGGGUCUGGUGAACAACAAGGAUAUCGAACAACUGAAGGCUGACGUCGAGAAGUUUUCUUCCGCAUUCGAGAUGCCUGGGUUCUUGGUGUCUGAGAUGAAGUACAAGGAUUAGAUGUUGAAGCAUUCAGAAACGGUACCAUGUGUUUGAAACAUUUAUUACAUUCCUCAAUAGUAAUCUUCAUUCAUGUUUGCUUGGAAGGAAAGAAUAAUGUUGGGUCCUUGCUUUGAUCUUCCAAUACCAUGGGGGAGGAGUAAUGGGAUUUUGUUUGUAUCUUUCUUGCUUGGUCUAAAUGCAACUCAUCAUCACUAUGUUGUAUGCAAAAUUACAAGAAAGAAAGUAGAAUUUCUACUUUUGCUCA